AUGUCUCUGGAAGACUCGUACUAUAUGCCAAAAACGCCUCCUGGGGCAGCUGGGGCACAGGUUGUCGGCAGCGCGCACAGCCGCAACACCUCUGCUUCGUCCAUCUUUUCUCAAGACUCAUCUCCCGACUCGGUUGUGACGUGCAUGACAACUCCCAGCACGUCGCCUCCCAAUCAUCAGCAUGGGCCGGCUCUUUUGCCCAAGAUCCGGACUCAAGACGUGAUCGUUGAACCUGCAUCCGCUGGCGGACCACGGCGCCAUCGGCGUGUCUUGUCCAACACGCGGAAUCCUCCGGGCUUUGUGCCCUAUCCUGUCAGCCGUCCGUCUUUGCAGAGAAGUGUCAUUGACACCAGCGACUGUGCGGCGCUCGUUUCGCCGAUCUCGACAGCACCAGCCCAGGGGUCAGGUACUGCAUCGGGCCUGUCGUCGCCGAUUGCUUUGACAUCGUCGACUAAACGCAGGAGCUCGGGAGGGCACUCCCGCUCGAGCUCUGCGUCCAGCAUUGACGAGGCCACCUUGUCCCGGUACGGCUAUCCAACGUACAGGCAGCUGCCAAAGUAUGUCUCUCAGUCGCAGGUUUCUCCCACGACUCCCGUCAGCCCGGCCUCGUUCACCUAUCCGACGUACCCCCAGGUCCCAAGCAUCAGUGUGCCCAGGCCCAUCCAAGUGCCACUGGCGGUGCAGCCCUCAUAUGCGGUCGUUCCUUCUCCCCAAUAUGAGUAUCUCCACAGCUAUAGCGCGCUGCCAUCCCCUGUUGUGCAGGUCGCCCCGUCUGUUGACUCCCAAUCAUGUACUACGCUUCUGUCUUAUCUCACAAGCCCGACUCAGGCCAUUAACCUGGUCCGUAAUGUCAGCAUUGUGCCGACAAAUGGGCUUCAAGACUAUUUCUGGUGGGAUAUCCGCAAUCUGCGUAGUUGGUCGAGCUUCUCUCUCUCCACCUUCAAUGACAUCAGCGGACUCACCAAGCUUUUGAAGACUCCGAUCCCGGCUCACCUGACUCCCCAAACCAUGGUCCCGUCUUCGCGUCUGUCUCCUGAAUCGGAAAAUGCGCUGAUCAGUCUGAUCAAUGACAUCUAUGCACCCCGCGUCAACGCGGCUCUAGCAGUAUCGCAGGGGCGGGAUCACCUACGGCUUUAUCCUGCUCCGGAUGCCCACACGUCUGCCAGCCGGAACCGCGGCGGGGCUCACUUUCUUGCCAACUAUGCCUCUGAUACCGAGCGCACGAGCUCAGGCUCGCCACGAGGGCGCGUUGUCGGGAUAGUCAAGAGCUUCGAUCGCUGGAACACAGGCAUGCGAAACGAGCCGCCGCAUCGACGGGUGGAGUAUCUCAGGGGAUUGGCACAUCUGCAGCGCUGCAUGCGGGAGCACUCGUGUCGAUAUGGCUUCAUCAUGACGGAGAUCGAGCUGGUUUGCGUCCGCGCUGGCUGCGAUGAAGGCGACGAUGUGCCGUAUUUUGGAUUCCUCGAGCUCGCAUCACCUAUUGCCACGAAAGAGUCUUCUGCAACGUUUAAUGUGGAAGCUGUGAAGUCUGCAGAAGCGGUGGCGACAGCCGACUCGAGCGAACCUCCUCACUCCCCAGGCUCCUCUGACGACUCUUCCUCCCGCAGUGCCUCUCCGCCUACCGCAAGCUGCCCCGAGAAUGCAUCCGAAGGCCUCAAUGUUCCCAUGACCGCUACGCUGGGCCUCUAUUUCCUGCUGAUGCUGUCCAAAGCGGUGCCGCUGCCAUCUCAGCCGUCAGGUCACCUGAAUGUCGGUGGACCUGGGGCGCUGACCCGUCAACGCAUCCUGCCCGAACCCAAGGAUAAGUGGAUUCCAGAACCUCAGACGGCAGAGAAACGGGUCGCCAAAAGGGUACGUGGAUGGGUGUGGCCACAGGAUGCAUGGGACCGCCGCGAGGGAGCGCGACCCAAAUCGGCUGCGAUGAGAGCAAGGGCUAAGCAGUGGCACAAAUAG